CACACCGGCUUGUGGGUCUAUUUCGGUAUCGUUUGAGCUCGCUCUCAGAACCCUUCGGCCACGCCAGUUUGAACAUGGAGCCGAGGGGCUUGAGACACUCGGUUGCGGGCAGUUUAUUUGCGAUGGAUUCUUCACUGCUGUGAUUUGUGAUUGAUUCCGCCGCCUCGAUUGGACGGCCGCGCUCAGCAUGAACGACACAUCGCCAAGGAACUUUACAUACCCAACCGAUUGCCCUAUGUUGACCUGAGCUGGCCGGAAAAAAAAUAACGGAGCUGCAGGAGCCGCAAAGGAGGCCAGACAGGUGAUGCACGAGACUGAAAGAAGGUUGUUGACAUCAUGAGCUGUGUGGAAAAGCGACACGUGAGCCAUCGGGUGGGAAGCAUGCUCCACCAUCGCUUCCCCAACGGCUUCACCGACUUGGUCAUGGACGAGACAGAUCGAGAGGUCAGCACCCUCACGGACCGGGCCUUCCGAAGUCUCUGCGUCGGAGAUGACGCGGUUUACAACGACGAGUUGACGUACGGAUACUCGCCUUUCAGCUGCCACAAACCUCUGGUGGGGCAGCCUCUUAAAAAGACUCAUCACAAGGAAUCUAAAAAGCAUGGGCAAAACAAAAGUGAUACAAACUGUGCCGAGCCGUGGGAACAGCAGCGACAGAAGAACAUGUCCCACAUGUCGUCUAUCCUCAAGGCGUUGAGUGCUACAGAAGAAAGCCGCGAGGGGAUGUUGAUCAAAAAUGGAGGUAUGACGGACUCUAACGGGGAAUCGUGGGACAAGUCUGCACUUCGCAGCAUCCAGAGAGCGCUAUCGGAAUUCUCAUCGGAUUAUCUCACCGGUGGACAUUUCAAGAAUUCAUCGAAUAAAAUGGGCAAAGACGCUGCCAUUGUCUCUGGGAAAUCCUCAAAGAGCAAACAUGGGAAAUCCACUAUCAAACUAAGGAAACUUAACAUCAAAAACUUUUUCCUUCACAGUGAGUUUAGUCCUUUCGAAAUAUGGAGAGAUUUCAACCAGUUCUCGUUUGGCCAAGAUGACACCUCUGUUCUUCACCCUAAAUGGUACGACAUGCCUUUGUACAAGGAGCUUACAGAGGCACACAGACAAGAGACUCUGCAUAUAGAGGAGGUGCAGUCACGCCAGAAAGCAGCAGUGGAGCCCCCUCCUCCCACGGCUCCGAAACCCAUCCCUCCCCCUCCUCCGCCGAAGGUCUUGCCAAAGCCCUCAGCCACUCUGGCUGAGGAGCGGUGCUCUUCAGAGAGAGGGGAUGCGAGUGCUGCCCCCUGGAGGCGCAACCGGACCAGGGCAAAAAGUGUGAUUCCAUUAAAUCAACCUGGGAUGCUGCUUCAGGAAAACACUUCAAAAACAGUGGAUGAGAAUCUUCGGUUGGCCAAAAAGGAGGCGAGAUUUGUGGACGUGAGAGCAGUUGAGGAAGUAAGCUCUUUAGCUUCGACUCCGUUCAGCAUCUGCCAGCUGAUGACUCCCGUCAUUACCUCCAGACAACCAACGGAAACAUCUGAAAUCCUCCGAACGGUCCUCUCGCCCUCCUGCUUCGACCUCCCACUGAGACCACACUCUGAAGCCAAACUUACCCCUGAACCCCCUGUCAAGCGGGACGGCUACAAAUCGCUCGCCUCGAGCAUCCUCUUCAACCUCAAAGACAACAGGAAAAGGGUUAAAAGCCGUUACAGCCCUCCCAAAUUCAAAACAUUAGAAGUGCCCGAGGGUGGCACCCAAUCCCCACAAUCAGAUCAUAUGAAAUAUUUGCAAGCUGGCUCUGAAGGCUACACGUCUGGCUUUAGCACUCCUGCCAUUUCAACAGACAGACAGACAGUUUGCAGUCCUGUUUUAGAAUCUGUCAACACCCCAACUAGUGGUCAUACCAAAUAUGACAGUGAUACACCUCUUUCAGAUGAUUAUUUGUUAUCAAAUCUACUGCAAACCAAAAGAGAGGCCGCAGGUAAUCUUGUUGAGGAGAAUCCCAUCUCCCCCUUAAUACAGUUGAAAAAUACCAAGAGUCCCAAGGUUAAAAAGCAAAACUACCCAUCUUUAAAUCUGUACAAGAAAGCCAUCACUGUUGACGGUGAUAUGAAACAUCUUCUAGUCCCCCUGAGCACCGGUGCUCCUCUACAUGUAGACCAACCAACUGAGGCAAAUGGACUUUCACCACGCACGCUACACAAAGACCUCUCUCCAAAACCACCGCCAACAAACACAGGGUCUUCACCAAAUACUUUGAAUGGCAACAAAGAUCGUUCGCCCCUAUUUUCAUCCAAUGCGGAUGAAAACGAAGAGUUUUCAUCAAAUGUGUCAGGAGGGAAAAGAGCUCCAAAUGCACCAGACAAAGCCAAACGGCCUGUGAAAGACAUUAAAGAAAAAGAUGUCAGCGCUCAGGAAAAAGAUACCAGUGGCCAACCCAUGAAAACAAUGGAUGUGAUCAGAGCAGCAAGGGAAGCAAUUACUGCGGCCAAAAAUAAAGCUCUAUCCGCAGCUCAGUCAUAUAGCAUCAAUAAGCCCAUUUCAGACACAGAAGUAGUAAGGGAGAGAGAAAUAGAUGAAAAGGUUGCAGAUCCAAGAGAAAUGUUGAUCGGCAAGAGUUUAAUAGCAGAAAACAACGAUAUAUCAUCUCAAAGUAGAAAUGAAGCGUCGCUGCUUGGCAAAAAGGGCCAUGUCAAGAAGGAGCCCCCACCGGUCCCAAAGAGACAUUUUGCAAAAUCUGAUAUUCAGCUCUCUCUCGACAAACAGCAAACACUUUAUGUCGACCAGCUCACUAACGGAGAUUCAAUGGAUGCAACAUUAGCGAGCGAAAAUGAGUCGGUCCAGAAACAGGGCAAACUCAAACAUAUAUUCUCAGCCCGACAGAACAAUUACAUAAAAUAUCAGAGAUACGCCGAGACGGGCGAUGAACAAGGAGGGGAGGUAGAGGAUGGCGAUUUGAAAGUAGACCCAAAAAUAGAGGCGGAUGAGGAGACGAUGCCACUCAAAGAAAUGAAAGAUAGAGGGAAAAUAGUUAAUGACUUGCACGCUCUGAAAGGGCUGCAGAGAGCGAGGCUCGGCGAUCGCGUUCUCGAGAACGCGAGGAACAAAUUCGGUGUUGUUAGCAUUGAUGAGGAGGCCAGGGCUAGGAAUGAUUUGAUCUCAAGGGAGCUGAGGAAUAUUAAGAAGGGUAUGAUGUCCAUGAGAGGCAACACAACGGCUAAAAGAGGACUGUUUGCACAGAAAGAGAAGGAUCAGAGUAAGCAGGAGACUUUCACAAAGUUAGACAGCAACGUCAUCGUGAACAAAGCUCUUAUAAAUGACAAUUAUGACAAAGCAAAAAUGGCACUGAAAGAGAUCAUCUCAGACAGGCAGAGAAGAAACAAUACAUUCACAGGAGAAGAUGUAAAUCCGAUAUUUGAAGAGAGCGCCGACGAAAGUUACAUCACGAGGGUAGAGCGACGUAAAAAAGCCGUGAAAGAUGCGAUGAUGGAGGUCAAGGAAAAGCAAAAUGGCAGCCUUCUUGCACAAGAGGACGAUUUAAAAGAGAGGUUAGGUGAUCUGAGAGACCACAAUCACAUGAGACAGAUCCUGUCCCAAACUGAACCUCGACUUGGUGAGGCUCACCGAUCGGGGGGUAGGUCAGCGUUGCCUGGCAUUGAAAAGACGUACGAUCCGAGCUAUGAAUCAGAAGAAGUGAAUGUCGGGUACGUCGUGAGACAGAUAUCUGAAGAAAGCGGAGAGAGUCUGAUGAACCACAUUGAGGACAAGAAGGGGGUUGCUCCCCCUGUUCCUCCGAGGAGCAAAAAGGGAGGGAGUAGAAGAGAUGGAAGUGCUACUACUGAGAUGGAAAGUUUGAAAGAUGGAAUAGAUGUAAAAUAUGAAAAUGUUGAGGUUGGCUUAACAGCGAUGUACACAGCUGUAGAACAAGAAGUAGAUGGUGACCUCUCCCAAAGAGAGGCCUAUCAAAGGGACACCAGUCCUCUUAAAGAAAGGUGGGAUGGAGUAAACAAUGCCACCACAAAACAACCACACUCUGAAAAUGGGUUGAGUUUAUCACCGGAGUUUGGAAGAAAUGAAAGUAAGGCAAGAAACUUGCAAGCAGAUAUGAGCCCCAUAGAGGAAGCAACAAGCAGGGCUCAGGAAACAUACCCGGUCAAACAGAAGGCUCCUUUAAAACCAGAUCAUCUCAACACACCACAGGAAUAUAUUACGAAUAAUUUAGUGGCAGAAGAACCUGACAACAUCAAUAGAGCUAGUGAGGAAAUACAUGUGGAUGCAGAGGCUCUUGGUGAAAUCCCUAGAGAUAUAAUAUCACCCUUACUUCUGGUAAAUGGUAUUAACGUCAAUCAGAGCCCCCCUGAUCAUGCCAGCUCGUCCUCAAAGUCAUCCUAUUUCUCUGUGGAGAGUGCACUGCACAGAAAUACUGAGACAGAGUCAAAUGUUUACCACUCUCUGGAAAACCUGAUUGGAGAGGAAGAGGAGGACGGAGAUGAGACGCGGAACUCUUCACAAGAGACGAAGCAGGCUUUGGACAGAAUGGAAGCAGCAUAUUAUUCUUUGAGCGAUCGUGAGCCAGAGGUUGUGAAACGUCUGGAAUCUCCUCAGAAAGAGACAGAAGUUCUGCACACGGACCGUAAGGAAAGAGACGACACUGUAGCCGAUCAACCGGUAGCUCACGAUGAAGAUAAUCCGACACCAAUGUCACCCUCCAAUAUGUUCUCACCAACGUUGGGGAUCCCUGCCUUAUUUAAGGUCAAAGACAACACUUUCAGUAACAAGUUGAAGUUGAAGACGAUACAACCGUGGUCACCGAGGGGGAGUCUCAGUGGUUCAGAGAGGGGAGAGGAGGUAAUGGACAAUCCAGAGGUCCCUCAGGCGAAUGAACCCGCCACCAGAGGCAGCACAGCCAUCCCAGAUGAAAUCUUCAAACCUAGAGAGAGUCCUUCAGACAGUUUGACAUCGAUGCUGCAGUCAACUUCACAUCUGUUAAGCGAAAACCCAAAGAAGCCACAAGUUGGAGGGUUCCUCGCUGUCCCACAGGAGGAAGACAGACGCUCUGGGGUGAGUUCAUAUUCCGAGGGAGUGGAGAGCUUUACAGCCAGCACAGCUGAUACCAGUGAUGAGAUAGGAAUGGAUACUGGAGUGUCGAAGGUUCCCAGUGAGCGGUCUGGGUCCACCUGCAGUGGUCAUGAAAGCCAAACAGGGAUGGGCAAACCACCGGUGGUCUUACCCAAAUCCGAAAAGGCUGUUCUCAAAGCCAUUAAGUUGUCAAAUAGAAGGAUAAAGAAGGAGGAGGCUCAGAAGUCCUCCCACAAGUCGUCUGAAAGCAAACACCGAUUGGACGAACACAAGAGCGACAAACCCGAGCUCAGAAACGGCGGCGGUGGAAGUGACAAGAGCAGCGAGAGAAACCACGGAGAAAAGACAGGAGAUGGUCAUCGUCACGGUGAGAGUCACCACGACAAGAACGGCGAUGACCAGAAGGAGACGCUACCCUACGAGAGACGACGCCCCAACGGGGGAAACGACCGUCCGGACGUGGGUCACAAGACUCGACGGCAGAGCCACGACGUGGUGGGAAGCAACGGCCAUGCCGAGGAGGCGCUGCCCAACGGAGUCGCAGCGGAGAGGCGGGGCCGCGGCGGCAGCAGACGCCAAAGGCCAGAGCAACGACACUGCAGCAGCGAGAGGGUCAUCAGCAACGUACCCGUGUACAAGACCACGUCAGACAGGCCCUUCCCCCGAUCGCAAAGCACCGACAGGUACCUAGGGGGUCGAGCGGAGCGCAGGCUCAGCGCCGAUACGUCGGGCAACGAGAGGCUCGAUCCGAGGGCGCAGCGCAUCGAGAGGUCCAUCAUGGACGAGCUGCAGCAGAGAGGCCGAGCCAGAGACAAGACGAGCAGAGACGACACGCACAGGAGGAGUCACAGUAACGAAGCUCUCCCUCCCGCUCCCCCUCCCCCUCCACCUCCAGCCCUCUCCCGGCAGUCGAGCCACACCAGCCAGCUCUCUCGCCAGUCGAGUAUCGAGCACGCCAUUGUCGCGCAGUCCUUUCCUUUGACGCAACGUAAGCUCCUGCAGGAUCCAGACUCCGGGCAGUACUUCUUUGUGGAUAUGCCUUUUCAGGUCAAGACAAAAACCUUCUUUGACCCUGAAACGGGAAGCUACGUGCAGCUGCCGGUCCAGCCUCCAGAGGGCGCUGUUCCUCAGGCAUCCCCCUUGGGAGUUUUGACCACGCCUCUGGUGGUUUACCACAGCUUCGUCCCGGUGCCUUUGUCCCCCAUGGCUCAGAAAGCCGUCCUGGCCCCUCAGAUGGAGCCAAGAUUGAGGCAAAUGCACUAUACAGAAGGAAAUCCUUACUUAGAGCCGGUGUAUGGCUACCAACAUGACCACAUGUUAGGGGAGUUUCUCGGCACAGAGGAGCUGGACUGUCCCAGCUGAUAGGCCACGAGGUACGAAAGGUCAAAUCCACCUUCAGUUUAGGCUGUUUUGACAAUACCUUUUAAUUUUGAACAGUUUUAAAUCGUCUCAGGUUGGAUUUUACGUGUCUGAUCCUUAUUUUGCUUUCCGUGCCUCGACUCACACAAACUCCUUUGGCUCUGAGGGAACGAUGUUGUGUGUAAACUGAUGGAGGAUAAUUAUUUAGCGAAUUAAUGAUGUUUUUUGUUGAAUGCCAAUUGUGUGUUGGAUAUGUGGAAGAUAAUGUGCAAUCUUUGAGAAAGAUAAGGGACAUGGACAAUCCAUGUACAUAAUGUAUUUAGGUGUAAACAGAGAGGGAAAGCUUGAAUGUAAAUGUGGAAUAUUUAUUGUAAAUGCGGAGUUUGUGCUAUCGGGGUGUCCAUUGCUUUUCAGGUCUUCUGGCUUUUUGUUUUAUUACCUGCAAAAGUGUGUUUCCUUGACUUUUUUUGUAUGCAGCAGGCAGUUUGCAGUAACUUAAAUCAUCGUUAGAGAUACUUGAAGCAAAUAGAACUCACUUUAAAACAUCGUAUUUCGUUUAUUUGAACAGAUCGUGUUCACGCAACCAAAUCAUUGGAAACAUAUUGCAUGCUUCAGUUGAAUUUGCUGUUGAAUGUGUUUGAAACAAACACAUUUCAUCUUCACUGAACGCUUGAACUGGCAUUGUGGCAAUAACAGUUUGUUUUUUUAAUAUGCAGAGAAGCUGGAGGAGAGUCGGUUUUGCACGUUGGUUGCAUUUCUAAAGUAGACGAACACAGGGCUGUGUGGUGUCUGUGAUCCAUUCCAAUAAACACGACUGUUGUUACAGAU